GGGCGCUGGAAGCCGGCUGGCACCCGGCAGCCAAUGGCCGCGCGGCCCCAGGGGCGGCUCCCGGCCGGCGAAGCGAGGCUGUUCCGGCGGCUGCGGCGGGCCGCGCAAAGGCGGCUGGCUGGAGCGCGGGGUGGGAGGCCGCGGGAGGCGAGCGGGCGCCGCCGCCCGCCCGCCCGUCAUGCUCGCUCUGCCGGAGCGGCGCCGCUGAGGCCGCGCGGGCGUUCUCCGUUCGCCGCGGCUGCGCCGGAGCGGGCGGCGCUUCCUCGCCCUCUGCCCGGGAUGGAGCUGGAGGCCUCGCUGGAGCAGUCGGUGCAGGCGCGCAUCUUCAAGAUCAUCGUCAUCGGCGACUCGAACGUGGGCAAGACCUGCCUGACGGUGCGCUUCUGCGGCGGGACUUUCCCCGCCAGCACCGAAGCCACCAUCGGCGUGGACUUCAGGGAGAAGGCGGUGGAGAUCGCGGGCGAGCACAUCAAGGUCCAAGUGUGGGACACAGCAGGCCAAGAAAGGUUCCGGAAGAGUAUGGUGGAGCACUACUACCGCAAUGUCCAUGCUGUUGUGUUUGUCUAUGACGUCACAAAAAUGGCGUCCUUCCUCAACCUGAAAACCUGGAUUGAGGAGUGCAAUGGCCACGCAGUCCCGGCCCUCGUCCCCAAAGUCCUUGUGGGAAACAAGUGUGACUUGCGGGAUCAAAUCCAGGUCCCAUCCAGCAUGGCCCUGAAAUUUGCCGACGCUCACAAUAUGCUUUUGUUUGAAACCUCCGCCAAGGACCCCAAGGAGAGCCAGAACGUGGAGUCUAUUUUCAUGUGCCUGGCCUGCCGGCUGAAGGCCCAUAAGUCUCUGCUGUAUCGGGAUGUGGAGAGGCAGCAAGGGAAGGGACAGAAAACAGAGCUUGCGCCGGCGUCUAGCAAUAGAAAUGCCUGUCCUUGCUGAAGUGCAGCCUUGACCACUGAAUGGGGGGGAGGGCAGGGGGUUUUGUGCCUCAAUAAACUGAAUCAACGUUGCUCGUUUCCAGUGAAAUCCAUGUUAAAUUAAUAAUAAAUGUUUGUAUGACUGGCA